AUGCAUAAUGAAGAUUUUAAGGAUAUUGUAACAUGGGGUGAAAAGGGGGAUUCAAUUAUUAUUUUGAAGGUUGAUGACUUUUCCAAGAAGGUACUGCCCCUCUUUUUUAAGCAUGGAAACUUUUCUUCUUUCGUACGACAAUUAAAUAUGUAUGGUUUCCAUAAGACGAGGCAGGAUCCGAAUUGGCGCGAAUUUAGACAUCCUCUGUUUAAAAAGGGCCACAUCGAGUUACUUCCCUUGAUCAAGAGAAAGAAUAGCUCUGCCAAAGUGAAAUCGGAGAAGCGUGAGCGUUGUAGGGGAGUCAUCCCUGUUUCUAAGAUCGUAGCUUCCAGCGCAGCAGACCACUCGCUCAGCGUGAGUGUGAAGAAGAGUCGAAUCGAUCGUGACAUCUAUCUUCGCGAGCUGACUCUUCUAAAGAAGCAGAUAUCGAACAUGGAGUCGCGGUACAACAACGUUCUGAAGGAAAACCAAUUUUUAUGGAAGACUUUCAUGAACAGCAAGAAGCAGCAAGACGAAAUGAAGCGGCAGAUGGAGCGAAUCUGCAAGUUCAUCAGCAAGCUGACCACGAGCAAUCGCAUCCUCGACAAUUCCGACGAUUUCAGUCAAUAUAUGCUUCAAGACAAGCCGCCAGGCAUGGACGCCUCGAUGUCCCCCAUGUUGAUCGCUGGCGAGGACGGCAUUCUGACUCCUGAGCAAUACAACGACACUCUAGAUUACCUUCAAAUCAACUCAGUACCGCGCAUGGACUCGCCUCGUCUUCGAAUGCGAUCCUCGCUGGACUAUCCUCGUCCCGUCUUGAAUCAGCGAAUGCUCACCAACGGCUCCCACAGUUCCAAUGGUUCCACUGGUCCCAACGGUCCCAACGGUCCCAAUGGCCCCAAUGGCUCCAACGCCUCCACUGGUCUCAGCGCUUCCAGCGCGAUGCCCGGUCUUCCGGGUCCCAAUGGGCUGAGCGGUCCCACGAACUCGCUGAUGCAUCAAAACUCCAUCGUGAUUCCCUCCUUCUCUCCCUCCACGGGCGCGAUCCCGGACACUUCCGGCUCCUGCGAUGUGGACGAUUUGAACGCGAUCGACCUGACGGGCUCCUCCGUCUCGCUGGACCUCAACAACUCCAUGGACCCGCUCUUCUUCUCCUCCAAGAAGGCGCCCUCCUCGCCCAUCCCCAAGCUGGAUCUCGGCGAGCCGCUCAUGCUGAGCACCAAUUCCUCCGCGGCCAACGACUAUCUCGUGCUGGACACUUCCAAGCAGGCGCCGUUGCAAGUCUAUCCCACGCAGCCCGCCGCCUCGGCCGCGCCGCUGCCCUCCACGCCGCAGAAGUCCAACCCCUCCGCGAUGUUCGCUCCCGCCAGCGGCGCUGCGCUCGCCUCGCAGCCCCGAGCGCCCAAUCCGCUGCAGAUCCAGCCGCAGAAUCCCAGCCAGUUGCAGUUGCAGCCGCAGGGCGAGAAACACUACACCUGGAAGACGAUCCAGCCCAACGUGAUCGUGUCAGGCGUGGUGGACCGCGUGCUGCGACACGGCCUGCUCGUGGCCAUCGACAACUCUCCGCUGAAGGCCUUCGUGGACCAGAAGGAAUGCGCCGACUCUCCCAUCGCCGACCUUUCUUCCGUCUACGCGGAGAACGACCGUGUCAAGCUCGUCGUGCUCCGCGUCGACGCCAAGAAGCGCCGCAUCGACGCCUCCAUGCGCGCCUCCCUUCUCCCCGCCGACACGCCCUUCGCCCUCGCCUCCGCGCUGUCUUCCUUCGCUCCCAACGCCUCCAACGACGCCGACACGCCGCUCGCCGACGACGACGACGAGGAUGAUGCUGACGCGUUCGCCGCCGACACAAUGGACGCAACCGACGCAACCGACGCAAUGGAUGCAGAGCCAGCAGAGCCAGCAGGACUCAUGGGAUCUCUGGACGGGAUGGAGGUCGAGGACGCGUUCGCUUCCUCCGCGCUGUCCGCCUCCACCGGCUUCGGCUGGGACGAUUUCGCGGUGUCCCCCGCGGCGCCGUCGCUCUCUGCGUCCUCCGCGCCGUCCGCCUCGAAGCGUCCGCAGCUCCGCGAGGCGGAGAUCGCGGCCAAGGAGCGCAGCCUGGCCUCGCAGUCGGCGCAGCCGGCAUCAGAGGCGGACUUCGAGCGGCUUCUGGUGGGCCAGCCGACGUCCUCGGAGCUGUGGAUCCGCUACGCGUCGUGGUUCCUCUCGCUGGGCGACGCGGCGAAGGCCCGCGCGGUGCUGCGCCGCGCGCUGCAGUCGGUGCCCGGCCACCUCGAGGACGAGCGAGCGAACCUCUGGCUGGCGCUGCUGAACCUGGAGAGCGAGUUCGGGGACGAGGCGGCGCUGCGCGACGUGUACAAAGAAGCGAGACAGGCGAUGGAGCCGCGGCGCGCUGGGCUGCACCUCGCCGCGCUGCUCGAAGCCAAGCAGAAGUGGGCCGAGGUCUACUCCGUGUGGAAGCAGCUCGCCAAGGAGAACCGCGGGGAUGUGAAGGUCUGGCUGGGGUGGUGCGAGUGCUUCCUGAAGCAGGGAUUACCGCGGGAGAGCGGAGAGACGCUGCGGAGGGCGCAGGAAGCGGUAGGAAGGAGCGAGAAGGCGAGGCUGCUGAGCGGGUACGCGAUCCUGCUGUAUCGGUACAAGCAGAGGGAUCAGGGCCGAACGAUUUUCGAGGAUUUGGUGAGCAGUUUGAAAAAUCGGCUCGAUUUGUGGAAUUUGUAUGUGGACCAGGAGACGAAGGCGGGGAACGUGGAGUACGUGCGAGGACUGUUCGGAAGGAUGGUGGAGCUGAAGAUGUCGGUGAAUAGUGCGAAGAGAGUGUUUAAGAAGUGGAUUGCGUUCGAAGAUGCUCAUGGCGAUGAGGAGCAUGCUGCGAAGGUGGAGGAGAUUGUGCAGCAGUAUAUUGAUCGUUUAACGACGAAGGAGUAGAGAAGAGAGUAUGUUUAUG